AUGGAGAAAGUGGGAGAUAUCAUAUGGGAUAUUGCAAAGUAUUUGUGUGGUUGCGCCAAACAAGAAGCUGGGUUUAUUUGUGAGUUGGAAGAGAAUCUGCAAUCUCUGAAAAGUAAAUGGGAAGAGCUUGAAGCUAAAAAGAAGGAUGUGGAAAACGAAUUGAAAAAGCUGAGCGCACUGAAGAGGGGAAAAAGACACAUGAAGUCGAUCUUUGGCUCCAACGUAUCCACAACAUUCAGAAGCUACAAGGUGGGAAAGAAGGUUGCCAAGAUGCUCACUGAAGUAGCUGAUCUAACAACCCAGGGACAGAGGUUUGGUAAGGAUUAUCAAAUUACUCACAAGCCACCAUGUAAAGGAAUUGGUCAAAUACCUGUUGAUAAGACAGUGGGGCAAGAUUUGAUAUUUCAUCAGGUAUGGAGUAGUAUUGAAGCAAAUAAUGUUGGUGUCAUAGGUUUAUGGGGAACUGGAGGGAUUGGAAAGACCAACUUACUGAAGAAAAUUAGCAAUGAACUUGGGGAGAGAAAGCCCGAUUUUCUUGUGAUUUGGGUGGUGGUAUCCAAAGAGCUUAACUUGGAUGCAAUCAUGGACAAUAUAAGAAAAUCAGUAGGAAUUGGAGAUGCUACUUGGAGUUCUUGCAAUAAUCAAGAAGAAAAAUCUUCAAAGAUUUUGGGUGUGUUGAAGCAGAUAAAAUUUGCUUUAUUACUGGAUGAUGUGUGGAAGGGAUUGGACUUGAAUUUGGUGGGGGUGCCACAUCCAGAAGAUUCAAACUUUGAGUGCAAAGUGUUGUUCACAACACGAGUGGAGGAUGUGUGUGAAAAAAUGCAAGCUCAAGAGUCAUUCAAAGUGGACUUUUUGAAUGAAAAGAAGCUUUGGAGUUAUUUUAUAUGA